CUGAACUGAAAUAUGAGGAGUUCCUCUCCUGCCUGUUUGUGUCUUCAAUAUGGUUUAUGUACUAUUAGCGGCUGGAAGUGCGCCAAGUGUGAAAUGAGAGAGAACCUGUGGCUAAACCUGACGGAUGGCUCUGUCCUCUGUGGGAAGUGGUUCUUUGAUGGGAGCGGAGGGAACGGACAUGCCCUUGAGCACUACAAAGAAACCAACUUCCCCCUGGCAGUUAAACUCGACACAAUCACCCCAGAUGGAGCAGAUGUUUAUUCUUUUGAUGAAGAAGAAGCAGUGCUUGAUCCUCACAUAUCAGAACAUUUGUUACACUUUGGAAUAGAUAUGCUGCAAAUGCAAAGGACAGAGAAUGGCCAUCAUACAGACAACCUCGUCCAGCCUCGUGUGAGCGAUUGGGAAGUUAUUCAGGAGGCGGGUCUAAAGCUAAAGCCUGUCUAUGGCUCAGGAUAUACAGGCAUCAAAAACCUGGGCAACAGCUGCUACCUGAGCACCACUAUGCAUGUGCUUUUCAGUAUUCCAGAGUUCCAGAGAGCGUAUGUUGGGAACCUACAGAGAAUAUUUGACUACUCACCCCUUGAUCCAACGCAGGAUUUCAACACACAGAUGGCGAAACUCGGUCGUGGACUUCUGUCAGGCCAGUACUCAAAACCUCCAAUGAAAUCAGAACUUAUUGAACAGGUGAUGAAAGAAGAAUACAAGCAGCAGCAAAGAGGGAUUUCACCUAAGAUGUUCAAAGCGCUGGUCAGUAAAGGACACCCAGAGUUCUCCUCGAACCGGCAACAAGAUGCUCACGAAUUCUUGCUGCACUUAAUUAACCUGGUAGAGAGGAACAGUUCAGGCUCAGAGAACCCCAGCGAUGUGUUCCGCUUCUUAGUUGAGGAGCGAGUGCAGUGCUGUCAGACACAGAACGUGCGCUACUCACAGCGAGUGGACUAUCUUAUGCAGCUUCCUGUACCCUUGGAGGCUGCCAGCAACAGAGAGGAGUUAAUAGCAUAUGAAAGUAAGCGGAAGGAAGCUGAGGAGAACAUGCGGCCCCCUCCAGAGCCGGUGAGAGCCCGAAUCCCCUUCACUGCCUGUCUGCAAGCCUUCACUGAGCCUGAGAAUGUUCCAGACUUCUGGAGCUCUGCACUGCAAGCCAAGUCGGCCGGAGUGAAGACUUCUCGUUUCGCAUCUUUCCCAGAGUACAUGGUCGUGCAAAUAAAGAAGUUCACAUUUGGGCUUGAUUGGGUGCCCAAAAAGUUAGAUGUUUCUGUAGAUGUACCUGAUUUCCUGGACUUGAAUCGCCUCCGGGCCACAGGGCUACAGGCUGGAGAAGAGGAGCUGCCUGACCUUACACCUCCUAUUGUCAUUCCUGAAGACACCAGAGACAGUACAACAAACAACUCUUUGGAAUUUCCAGAAAUAGAUGAAUCAUCCGUGAUGCAGCUGGCAGAGAUGGGUUUCCCUCUGGAAGCCUGUCGGAAGGCAGUGUAUUACACUGGGAAUAUGGGGGCAGAGAUGGCCUUUAACUGGAUAAUAGCACACAUGGAAGAGCCAGAUUUUGCCGAGCCUCUGGCAGUUCCCACUUACAUGGAACCAGACCUGCCCAGCCCCAGCCUCCCUUCUACAAGUGCACUGGACAACCAGCCUCCAGAAGAGAGCAUCUCCAUCCUCACCUCCAUGGGCUUCCCCAGACAUCACACAAUCCAGGCUCUCAAAGCCACAAACAACAACUUGGAGCGUGCGCUUGACUGGAUAUUCACACACCCAGACUGUGAGGACGAGAGUGAGGCUAUGUCAGACACGGCAGACACAGAGCCGAACGAUAACAGCUUCUCAAACGCCAAUGCCCACAGCAACUCCUCUCUGUCUCCAGAUCAGGACCUGUCCAGCCCCCGUGUCAGAGACGGACCCGGGCGUUACGAAUUGUUUGCCUUCAUCAGUCACAUGGGAGCAUCCACAAUGUCUGGUCAUUAUGUGUGUCAUAUGAAAAAAGAGGGCAGGUAUGCUGAUUAUAAUGUGUGA